AUGCUCCAGUUGACACAGCCUUGUUUGGUCUUGCUUCUUAUUGCAUUGGCAAAUGGAAGUGGUUACGGAAAUGGUAAAACAACAAAAGUUGUUGUAGAUAAAGGAAAUGGAUAUGGUUAUGAUGACGAUGCUUAUGGAAAUGGUAAAGCAAGCAAAAUUGUUGUUAAUAAAGGAAAUGACUAUGGUUACGAAAACGACGGUUAUGGAAAUGAUAAAACAACGAAAAUUGUUGUAAAUAAAGGAAAUGGAUAUGGUUACGAUCAUGACAGUUACGGGACCGAUAAAACAACAAAAAUUGUAGUAAAUAAAGGAAGUGGUUAUGGUUACAACGGUUAUAGAAAUAGAAGAACAAAUAUCAUUGUAAAUAAAGGAAGUGGAUAUGGUAAUGGUUACAACGGUUAUGGAAAUGGAUAUGGUUAUGGAAAUAUAUAUGGUUAUGGAAAUAGAUACGGUUAUAGAAAUGGCAGAACAAAUAUCAUUGUAAAUAAAGGAAGUGGAUAUGGUAAUGAUUACAACGGUUAUAGAAAUGGAUAUGGUUAUGGAAAUAUAUUUGGUUAUGGAAAUAGAUAUGGUUAUAGAAAUAUAUAUGGUUAUGGAAAUAGAUACGGUUAUAGAAAUGGCAGAACAAAUAUCAUUGUAAAUAAAGGAAGUGGAAAUGGUUACAAUAACAACGGCUAUGGAAAUGGAUAUGGCUAUGGAAAUAUAUUUGGUUAUGGAAAUAGAUAUGGUUAUAGAAAUAUAUAUGGUUAUGGAAAUAGAUACGGUUAUAGAAAUGGCAGAACAAAUAUCAUUGUAAAUAAAGGAAGUGGAUAUGGUUACAAUAACAACGGCUAUGGAAAUGGAUAUGGCUAUGGAAAUAUAUUUGGUUAUGGAAAUAUAUAUGGUUAUGGAAAUAGAUAUGGUUAUGGUGACAACGGUAAUAGAAAUGGAAGAACAAAUAUCAUUGUAAAUAAAGGAAGUGGAUAUGGUUACAAUAACUACGGCUAUGGAAACGGAUAUGGUUAUGGAAAUAGAUAUGGUUAUGGUAAUAUAUAUGGUUAUGGUGAUAACGGUUAUGGAAAUGGAAAAACAAAUAUCAUUGUAAAUAAAGGAAGGGGUUAUGGUUACAAUAACGGUGGCUUUGGAAAUGGAUAUGGCUAUGGAAAUAUAUUUGGUUAUGGAAAUAUAUAUGGUUAUGGAAAUAUAUAUGGUUAUGGAAAUAUAUAUGGUCAUGGAAAUGGAAAAACAAAUAUCAUUGUGAAUAAAGGAAGUGGAUAUGGUUACAAUAACUACGGCUAUAGAAACGGAUAUGGUUACGGAAAUAUAUAUGGUUAUGGUAAUAUAUAUGGUUAUGGAAAUGGAUAUGGUUAUGGUGACAACGGUUAUAGAAAUGGAAGAACAAAUAUCAUUGUAAAUAAAGGAAGUGGAUAUGGUUACAAUAACGACGGAUAUGGAAACGGGUAUGAUGAUGGUUAUAACAGUUACGGAAAUGGAAAAACAACAAAAAUUGUAGUAAAUAGAGGAAAUGGAUAUGGUUACAAUAACAACGGUUAUGGAAAUGAUAAAACUCACAUCAUAGUUAAUAAAGGACGCGGAUACGGUUACAAUAACGACGGUUAUGGAUAUGGUUAUGGAAAUGGGUAUGGUUAUGGUUACUAUGGUAAUGGAAAUGGAAAAACAAAAAUCAUAGUAAACAAAGGAAGUGAAUAUGGUUACCAUAACGACGGUUAUGGAAAUAUCAAAGACAAACUGUUUUAUAAAUAUUAAUGACGAGUAAGACUUUCCAAU